AUGAGCUCCCUCCUCAACUCCUUCUCGGAGGGAGCAAAGGCUGCGCAGGAGCGGGCCAAGGAGCUCGCAAAGCAGGCCGAGAAGGCUGCCUCCGAGGCGUCCAAGAAGGUCGAGUCGGCCAGCGCGGCUGCGUACGCGAGCGCUGCUGGAGUCGCCGGAUCGCCUGCGCCGGCCGCCGGCAAGGUCGGCAAGCGGACGCUCGAAUCGCUCGGCAAGGAGGAGCUCCUCCUGCUCAUCCAGCGCGAGAUGGAGUCGGGCAAAAAGCACAAGGCCGCGGCUGAAAAGAGCGCCGCAGCGGCAAAGGACGCCGUCUCCGCAGCGGCGGCCGUCAAGGGCGCAGCGAUCGCGCUCGCGCCAGCGUCGGAGCAGGCGCGGCUGCGGCCGCUGUGGGGCGAGGCCCUCGCCACCGCACUCGCGGACCUCGAGCCGGCGGCGCAGGCCGGCGGCGGGGAAGACGCCGCGGCGGCGCAGGCGGCUGCGGUGGCGCAGGCGGUGGCGCAGGCGAGGGAGGAGGCGGCAGCGGAGGGGUCGAAGGCGGCGGCGGCGGCGGCGGCGGAGGUGCAGGCCGCCAAGGCCGCCGCCUCCGCCGCCGAAUCCUCCGCCGCCGAAGCGUCUGCCGCUGCGGCUGCGGCGACCGCGAGAGCAGAGGCGGCAGAGGCGGAGGCUGGCUCGCUCAGAGCGGCGCUCGAGGAGAGGGCGGGGGUUGGGAAGGAGGCGCAGGCGGCGCUGGAGGCGGAGGUCGGGCGGCUCAAGGGGCAGCUCUCCGCGGCCGGCGAGGCGGCGCGGCGCGAGGCGGCGGCGGCGGGCGAGGCGGCCGCAGCGCUUCGGCGCGAGGCGAGGGCGCAGCGGGACCAGGCCGCCGCCGCCGCCUCCACGGCCGAGGAGGCCAAGGCUGCGCUCGGCGAGCGGGCGGCGCGCGCAGAGGCGGACAGCGCGAGUGCGGUUGGCGAGGCGCGGGCGCGGGCGGAGGCGGCGGAGCGCGCGGCGGCCGCGCACGGAGAGGAGGCGGCCAAGGCGCGCGCGGAGCGGGACGCGGCGCAGCAGGCCCUCGCGUCGGGGAGCAGCGCCGAGGGCGAGGCGCACGCUGCCGCGUUGGCAGAGGCGGAGGCGACACGGGCGAGGCUGCAGGCGGCGCUGGACGCGGCGUCGGAGGUUGCGGUGCAGCUGCCCGCCGCCAAGAGCGAGGCCGCGGCCGCGGCCGAGCGGGCUGGCGCGUUGCGCGGUGAGCUCGACGCGGCGAGAGCGGACGUCACGGCGGCGCGCGAGCAGCUGGCCGCCAGCGAGCGCAAGUUGGCCGACGAGCGUUCGCGCGCCGACAGCCUCGAGGCGGACGCCGGUCGCCAGCCAAGCAGAGCGUCGCCAACGCGCGCACCAACCGCCGCCGAGGAGCUCGUGGCGGCGGCGGAGGCGGCGGAGGCGCGCGAGGCGGAGCUGCGGUCGGCGGCUGCGGCGGAGGAGGCGCGCCUCGGCGCUCUCGUGGCCGAGGCGGAGGCGCGGGCGGCGGAGCUGGCCGAGGUUGCUGAGGGAGCGGCGGCGGAGGCGGCCGCCGCGGUGCAGCGCGCAGAGGCGUCCGAUGCGGCGCUGGAGGAGGAGCGGUUGCGCCGGCGCGAGUACGAGGAGGGUGAUGGCUUCGGCGACUUCGCCGACAGCGGCGACGGCGGAGGCGACGGCGGCGGUGGCGGCGGCGGCAGCGGCGGCAGCGACGCGGCGGCGCUCGAGGCGGCGUUGGUGGCGAACCGGCAGUGGCUGGAGGCUCAGCAGGGCCAGCUGAGGCAGGCGGGCGAGGCGCUGCGGCGGCGUCAGGAGGCGAUCGAGGAGCGGGCGGCGGCGGCGGCGGCGGCGGCCGAGACGGCGGCCGCGACAGAGGAGGCGCUAGCUGUUUGGGAGGCCGCCGCACACGCCGCGGCCGCACCCAAGCGAAAGGCUCCGGAGGCGGGCGAGGGCGCGGCGGACGCGAACGACGAGGGACACAACGGCGGCGGGCGGUCAGCGGCGGAGGCGUUCGCGCCUCGAGCGCUUCGUAUGGCGGUCGCGCUGGAGUGCCUCGCCCUGGAGGCGACCCUCUCUCUCGAGCUGCAGCGGACGGAGGUUGCGAUCGAGGUGCUCGAGGCGGAGCGAGGCAUGCCGCACGGCAGCGCGCUGCGGUCGACCUUCAACCCCUUCUCCGCCUCGGCGCUGCAAAGCGGCGGCGGCGACGCGGGCGCGGCGAGCGAGGGCGAGCUGCGGGCGGCGCUGCAGCGCGCCGAGGCGGAGAGGGAGCGGGCACUGGCCGCUGCACGCGCCGACUCGCGGCGCGACCUGCUGCGCGACGUGCUGCUCGCCAAGCACCGCUUCCGCUCCAUGCUCGUCUCAAAGGACGCGGAGCUGCGGCGGGCGCCGCCUCCCCUGAGCCCGCUGCCUUCGUGGGCGGCGCCGCUGAGCCCGCAGCCGAGCCUGGAAAUGGGGCUCGACGCGGCGGCGCCCCUCGCGCCCCCCCUCGUCGCCAACGGUGGCGGCGGCUCCUCUGGCAGCCUCGCCAGCGGCGAUGCGGCGGCGGAGGGCGGCGCGGCGCCCGACGGUGGCGCCGACGCCGCCCGUCUGCUGGCGACGGCGCGGCAGCAGGCGAUCGCGUCGCGCGAGCUCGAGCGUUGGAAGGGGCGCGCGGCCUCACUCGAGGCGCGCCUCCGCGGCGCGACAGAGGCGCGGCGGCAGUGGGCGAUGAAGGAGGCGGAGCUGGCCGAGGAGAAUGCGGCGCAGGCGCGGCUGCUUCACGCGCAGGAGCGGCUGCACACAAACACGCAGUACUUGCGCAACGCGAUCAUCGCGGCGGCCGAGCGCGGGCCGGACGGGCUGGUGGCGGCGCUGCCCGUCAUCGGCUCUUUCCUCGAGUUUUCUCCCGAGGAGCUGCGCCGGAUCGAGCUCGGCCAGACCGCCGCCACGCCGUCGACGUCCAACUUGUGGGGCCUUCUCGAGACGCCCGCCGCCACCCGCGCCGCCUCCUCCGCCCUCGGAGCCGACACGGGGACCGCCUUCGCGCGCACAGAGCCGGCGGCCAAGGCGUUGGGCGGGGAGGACGGCGCGGACGGGAGCAGCGACGUGCCGGAGACGGCCGACACCGCCGACACGGCCGGAGGCGGCCCGCCCGCCGCCGCGACGCGGGCGGCGGCGCCGCCGAACGGGGCGGCGCCCAACGGGGCGGGCGCCACUGGGGAGGAGAAGGUGCCGACGAGUCGUGUGACGCGGAUGAAGCGGCUGCUCGUCGAGGCGGAGCGGCAGCUCGCCCUCGCGAAGAGCACGAUUGCGGAGCGCGAGGCGGAGAUCUCGCGGCUCAACGCCGCCGCGGCGAGCAGGCGGAUCAUAUGA